AUGAACCCUCAAAUUGUAAAGUCAGUCAAUGGCCUAGGGCUAGUAUUCUUCAUUUUUGCUUGUGUUCCCGCCAUCGUCCGUGGAGCAGGAACCCCACGACCCAUUCCCAAGCCAGGACCCACGCCUGGCCCAGUAAGUUGUGCCGUUCAGAUUACUUCAACACUCGGAAUUACGGGGUUUGUGGAGUUCAAGCCAGUUUCGGGAGGCGUUCAGGUCUCAAUGAUAGUCGAUGGCUUGAGGAAGGAAGCACAUGCAUGUCAUGUUCACGUAAAUGCAGUUCAAAUAAAUGGCGGUAACGUUGUCAACUGUCCAUCGGCAGGGGCCAACUUUGAUUUAUUAGGCAAGACGCCUAACUGUCCCGUCGGCUCACCUCAAAACAACUGCCAGACUGGCGAUUUGACGGGUAAAGGAGGAAAGCUGAAUCCUCUUACAGCUGGUGGGCGUGCUCAGCCCCGGCCAUAUGUGGACAAAGUCUUAAAAAUGACAGACCUUAGUGGAAAGAGUGUUGUUGUUCAUGAUCCUGCAAAUGGAAAUUUCAUUGCUUGUGGUAAUAUUUUUUGUGGCCACAGUCCACUGAAACCAUAUCACAAUAAUACAUAUCCGACUUGGCCUUGGCGUUGGUUAAUCACUUGGCCUCCGAUCCUCUGUUCAGAUCCGUCUUUCGAAAAGUAG